AUGUCUCAGCUUCAUUUCGUAUUCAACGUCGAGCGGUUCAAGAAAUCACCAGGAACGCCUACUCAUUUGAUCGGUCGCAAGAUUUAUCAAGCCGCAGAUUUCCUCUUCGACGAGGCUGGUCAGCGAGUCCACAUUGUGAACAAACUGGUGAAGCAACGUAAGCACCAUGGCCGUCGAGAGUUUCUGGUCGAUUGGCUUGACGAGCCAGCUUCGCAACAGUCCUGGGAACCGGAAAGCAAUAUACUGGCGCACUGGAAUGGCCUACUUGCGGACCUGCAGCGGAGGCCAACAGCACAGACAAACCCAGUCGCUCGUAGGGACCGCCAACGCCAAGCCCCAACACGCAGCUCACGCUACAACCUUCGUUCGACCUCAUCGGGUCAAGCUUCUGGGGUGGAGAAUGUAAUGUAG